GGUGAUUCGCAGUUAAAAACGUAUUUCAUUUACGGCCAUACCAUCGCCAUUGUUCAGAGAGACAAUAAGUUUCGACGACUACGUUUGAUUGAUGGUAUUUGCUAAUCUCGAGAGUUAAAUCUUCAAAAGUAGCCUUGUAAGUAAAAGUUUAUGGUCAUAAAAGGCCUCAUAAAUUACGCGAUCCUAAAUUUCCUGCUGCUUCUUCAGAAGAUGAAGCAAAUUCUCGCUGUGUGUCUCUUACUGACAGCAGUCAAUGCUGUUUUUCUGGAAAGUUCUGAAAGACCUUUGAAUAGAUUCCACUUGGAACGUUGGUUCCCACUAUUGGGGCUUACACCACCGACACAUCAGUUCAUACCACCGGGACAUCGAUUCCCACUACCGGAACAUUUACAUCCACCAGGACACAUACAACUCCCAUCAGGCCAGUUACCGUCAUGUACAAUAUUAGAUGACUUAUUUUCCAAAGAUCAACAAAACAAGGAAUCAGAAUUUUGCACUGUUGUGAGGAUUUGUCAUAAUCCGCUAAUAAACAAAACUCUUGGAACAACAGUACAAACUCCUACUCCACAACCUCAAACCACCGAAUCUUUCCAUGGAGGAGAAGGAAUUAUCGAUAUUAGAGUAGGCAACUAGAUGGUAAAAAUACUACAAUGAAAGAAAAGCAAUAAGGUUUUAUUAAAUUUAUCAUACAUUAAA